AAAAAUUCCGCCUUACCUUUUGGUCCAGUAAAACAGUAACCAUGUGAUUCGCGCAGGCAACCAAAUUAGUUUGGAUUAGCUCCACACAUAUUGAGCAGCAAUCAAGCCCCUGUUCUUCCCGUUGCUUGCCUCUCAUUGGCUGGUCACCAAAAUCACAUGAUCAUCAUCUUUGGCUGGAAUGGAUUCUCCUCCGCCACAUUGUCCGCUGCUGUCGUUGCCAGUGGACUGUUCCAAUCUUUGUCGCAGUGCUAUCGACUCACUCUUCUUGCAGGCUUCGUAGUCUGUUUUAUUAAUACACCACCGAUAUAAAUGGCUUCGUGGGCCAAAAGGCAACACGUGUGCUGAGGAAAGAAAGAGCCCCACGGUAAACAUCGGUACGGACGGCCACAUCCUCUUAGCCGAAGGAUCACACGCCUUUGCAAUACACACCAAGCCGAUGAGUGUGACAUCGAGCAAAGAGUCUUAUCCCCGCCGACCACGAAUCGGCCCGGAGCUCUUGCAUGAACAUGACCGGAAGCGUAAGCAGGUUGAGCCACUUCAGCGCCCACUCGAGCGGUUUCGAAAGCGGCGGCGGGUCGGUCAUUCACCUCCAGAUGAGAAAGCAGGAGACGGGAGACGAAACGAAACCAAUUACCCUCUGACGCACCUAUCGAACAAGCGACUUCGAACUGACAGCUGCGUCAAAUAUUGGCUACUGCAUAACUAUCGGUGGCCCAAGCAGUCAUUGGAAUGCGACUCAAUGGAAUCCUUCCUUGCACGACCGAAAACCUUGUCCCUUCGUCGAACAAAAUCCAGUGCGAGUUUGAGCGUAGCGAGCGAAUCUAGUUCACGAGGAGCGAAAAGUAGCCCUUACUGUGAUAAGAAUUGCGAAUUAUUUCUGGAAACCAAAAGAAGCUUCCUGUAUGAGCAUGAGGAUGGCAUCAGUUACGAGAGCAGGACACUCUGUCGGCAACUGCUGGAGAAUACUCCCAAAGUUCCUAGAGGUACCAGGUUCGACGAUGAUGUAUUCGAAUCAACGUGUCGGAGGGUACAAAGAAAGAACGAAACUGGCGUCUCCAUUCUCAUUACAGAAUUGAUUGUUCCUUUUGCCGAAGACACAAUUUAUUCUCAUAAUGUCAAAUUCCCACGGUUCAUCGAAAGUUUUAAUGAAGGUUGGGAUAGUUCGAUUCCGCUUGAUGAUGUCCAGCGACUUCCACAAUCCGGUCAACUUCAACGAUUCCGACUACCUCGGCCACAGCCCGACCAUGCUGUGGGUUUUGCACGGCAAUCCUUCACUGAAGGCCAUCUCAAAAAGCUUGCACCGUUUGUCGGUGAAAUCGGCGAUACUUCUUUCUUCCUGGGUACGGCCUACAUGUAUUUUCCGUUUUUGACUUCUGAAGUGAAGUGUGGAAAGGCGGCACUCGACACGGCAGAUCGACAAAAUGCUCACAGUAUGACUCUUUCAGUAAGGGGCAUUGUCAAGCUCUUUAGAUUGGUAAAACGUGAGAAGGAGCUACAUCAGGAGGUGCAAGGAUUUUCUGUGUCGCAUGACCACUGUUCUGUGAGGAUAUAUGGUCACUAUCCCGUGAUUGAUGGGGAGGAGACCACCUACUAUCGUCAUACCAUUCACAAGUUCGAUUUCACCGCUCUGGACGGCAAGGAGAAGUGGACAUGCUACAGGUUUAUUGUUAGUGUCUACGGUGACUGGGCACCUUCACAUUUUAAGAAACUAUGCGCGGCAAUUGACGAGUUACCAGAAUUUAAGCCUGAGGAACUACAGCAGUCUGAACAGAGCCUCUCGGAAGCGACUACUGGGCUUUCUCAGGAAAUUGGAGCUGUUGGCCUGGGCUCGAGCUUUACAUCUCAAUUAGAAGAGGAGUGUGAGCCUCUUCCUACUUCGCGGAAUGAUGACUUAGGAAAUUUGCGGCCGAACGAAAAGAAAUCUAAACAAGGAGUGCCAAGGAAAAGGCGAAAAUAGCGAUGCAGACAGCUAACCUGACCAUGAUAAUUUGCCUAACCUUAUUGGUAUUCGGAAUAUCCCGCAUCGCUAAGAUCUGUUAAGGAUCCGCGUUGUGAAGUCAAGGCUCAGAACCAGGAGUUCAAGGAAUACAAAUCCCAAGAUAUACAGGGGAAGUGCAGUUAUUUUACAUGGGAUAAAUCCAAAGUAGAUAGGCGGUGGAGAGCAGCGAGAGAAAAAUGGCUUGUAUAUAUCAAUCAGGCAAUGCAUUGCUUCAACACCAUCUGAAUAAGCAUUUACAGUGUUAAACAAUCUUUUUCAAAGAAAACAAUUGCAUUUGCAUUGUGAUGAAAAUUUAAAAGCUUCAAUACUUCGUGUGCCAUGAUAAGGAUAAUUAGGGGCAACAAUAGCAAAUGAAAAGUGGAUGAGCAUAUGGGUCAAGCUACAUGCAUUUUCCCUGUUGAAGGAGUGGUCACUUUUAACCAUGUCUAGAUAUUCGAUGGCGGCUUAUCGCAGUUUUGCGCACGCUGGUUCCAGGAUAUGUACAUGGUCACCCGUCAAGUGGCCUGCCCAAAACCAUUUUGUAGCAUCCGCCCUAGUGGCGUUGCCGUAGCGACCGCUCCGCCUACACGUGAUCUCAUAUGUAAUAUAUAUAUAGCUGGCUCUUCCUACACGAAUACAAUGGAUUAACCAUCCCACAGGUUAUAGCCCGGAUAGCAUGCUUUUAUAAAGAAUUACACUAUUUUUAUUUUUUUUCUCACUUUUGUUUAAAAACACCUGUGUAAGUAUUGAAUAUGUUUACUUUGAAUAGAAGAAUUCUUUAUCACAUUUACAUUGCAUGUUUUAAGUGUAUCUACUUAGUUAGU